GACGUCAUAGCUGUGCAGUACAAACACAGCAAUGACUCGAAUAGACGUCUCGCGCCCGCAGUUCGACCAAAAUGAAUACUGGGGUCGCGCGCAGCACUUCUUCGCGACCACGAAUCCGCUGAAUCUGUUCAAAACGGGCCAACAGUUGGAAGAGUCGCGCGCCCACUUCUUCGCGACCACGAAUCCGCUGAAUCUGUUCAAAACGGGCCAACAGUUGGAAGAGUCGCGCGCCGUCGUCGAGAGACUGCGAAACGGCGAACAAAUCGACGGAAUGUCCGAAACGGAGCUCUGGCGCCACAAACAGAUCUACGACUCCGCCUUCCAUCCCGAGACCGGACAAAAGAUGAUCAUCUUCGGCCGCAUGUCCGCGCAGGUGCCCAUGAACAUGGCCAUCACCGGCUGCAUGCUCACGUACUACAAGUCGAACUCCGCCGCGAUCUUCUGGCAAUGGUUCAACCAGUCCUUCAACGCCGUCGUCAACUACACCAACCGCAGCGGCAACGCGCCCCUCCCCCUCACCCAACUGCUGACCGCCUACUCGUUGGCCACUUCCGGCGCUCUCGUCACCGCCCUUUCGCUCAACCACUUGGCCAAGAAGGCGCCGCCGCUCGUCGGCCGCUUCGUCCCAUUCCUCGCCGGUGAGCUCUCAGUUAUCAGUGAUAACGAUAAUAACGAUUGUCUUCUAGUGGCGGCGGCCAAUUGCGUCAACAUUCCGCUCAUGAGGAGCACAGAGCUGAAGGACGGUCUCGUGGUUUGCGACGAGAACGGCGUCGAAAUCGGCAAAUCCAGGAUCGCGGCCAAACUCGCCAUCGCCCAAGUGGUCGUGUCGCGCAUCGCGAUGGCGGCGCCCGGAAUGACUCUUCCGCCCAUUCUGAUGAACUCGUUGGAGAAGCGCGGCGUUCUUCGGCGCAUGCCGUGGAUCGCGGCGCCGCUCCAGGUCGGCCUCUGCGGCCUUUUCCUGACGUUCACGACGCCCAUGUGUUGCGCGCUGUUCCCGCAGACGGCGAGUGUCGCCCUCUCGCGCCUCGAGCCCGAACUCCAGACCAACACAGCUUUGCACGCGUUUUACAAUAAAGGACUUUAG